CUCUUCUUAUAAAUAUUGCAGAUUUUUUUUACCGUUUUGACAUAUUUUUAUGACAUUGUGAAUUACCAGUUUCAGAAUUUUGCAAUCCGAAAGAUUACACGUUUAUCAAAACUGGAAAAUGGCAGCUUGUAACUAUGAUGAUUACAUUGGAAACGAGUACCCCCUGAAAAGGGGAAUUCUAAUUACAAUCUUCUCACAGUCGUUCCCACUGAAACAUGGAGAUGAUAAUUAUCUCAAGAAAAGUAUGCUUACAAUUGAAGGAGGAGUUAGAGCUGACGUUGAUGCACGCUUUUUACAGGAUGUUUUUAAAGAGCUUUAUCCAGAAACUUCAGACGUAAUACUGAAAAAUAGCCAAACAAAACUUCAAGUUAAAUAUUACAUACAACAGUUAGGAAAAAAAGAAAAUAAAGAAUAUGACUAUUACUUCUUUGUAUUUCUUACUUACAUGUCAUGUAGCAACAUUGAAAGCUCUUCUAAUAAAGACGAGAGGAUUCAUCUCUACGAUGGACUUUGCCCUAUGCAAGAGUUUUAUGAUGAAGUGAAAAGAGUCGAAGCACUGGCAAUGAAGCCAAAGAUCUUCCUCGUUCAAGCUGAUGAUAUCAAUUUACUUGAUGAUAAGAAGUUUACCAAAACAAAGGGUGAAAUGGUUAUUGUAAAAGCGAUGAAAAUACCUCAAGAUGCUGAUAGGUUGGUGCUGAUGUCCGAUUUACCUCAAAGGUUGGCAAAUCCAGAUUUAAAAGCUGGAGAUAAACUUCCGUCAUUCUUAAUUCAGGCGUUUGGAAAGACCUUGCUUAACAACAGUAAACGGUCUCCGGAAAAGAGGCUGGACCUAUUGGCGCUGACACCAAUAAUAAACAGUAAAGUGCUGAAACGGAUUGAUGAUUUACGGAAAGAUGGGAAUAAGAGGGCUAAAGAUAUGACAGUACCGCUUGUAUCAACAACCUUGACAAAACUUGUAAAAAUAUGAAUAAUAUUAUUGAUUAAUUGAAUGAACAAAUAUUUUGUAUCGAAGUCUACGUUGUUAACAUUUCUCUCCCUUUAUAUCAAAUAAUUUCACAUUCGGCUCCACUCUCGUUUGGUAAUAAACAUCUAACAUGC